GAUGGAAUUCUGAAUCUGUCCAAUAUACAGGUAGUGUUAAAUUUGUUUUUUCUAUCUUUGUUUCACAAUUGGAACUUUACUUUACUUGUAUUUUACAUAAAGCAUGUUCUGUCCAAAAUCACUGCUCCUCCCCAAAAGCUCCUUUCCACUCUCUUUGUUCUCCCACCGCUUCACCUGUAACUACAACAAGAAUAUCGUUGAAAUGGCGCGAUCUGCAUUGGAUGAGAUAUCCGACUCGGGAGCAUUCGCGAGAUCUGCUUCCACAUUCCGGCAAUUCGUUUCGAGGGAUCUUAAUUCCCAAUUUCCAGCUGAGUCAGGAAGAUAUCAUCUCUACAUAUCAUAUGCUUGUCCUUGGGCUUGCAGAUGCCUGGCUUAUUUGAAGAUCAAAGGACUUGACAAAGCCAUCAGUUUCUCGGCGGUUAAACCGAUAUGGGGAAGAACAAAAGAAUCUGAUGAACAUGUGGGAUGGGUUUUUCCUGAAUCAAAUACCGAGGUUCUUGGAGCUGAACCCGAUCCCUUGAAUGGAGCAAAGAGUGUUAGAGAGCUUUACGAAAUUGCAAGUACAAAUUACACCGGAAAAUUCACUGUUCCGGUUCUGUGGGAUAAGAAACUCAAGACAAUUGUUAACAACGAAAGCUCGGAGAUAAUCCGCAUGUUUAAUACUGAAUUCAACAAUAUCGCAGAGAAUCCCGCCCUGGACUUGUAUCCAUCUGAAUUGAGAGCCCAGAUUGAUGAAACGAAUGAGUGGACAUAUCAUGAUAUAAACAACGGUGUUUAUAAAUGUGGAUUUGCAAAGAAACAGGAGCCAUACAUCGAUGCUGUUAGCCGAUUAUACGAAGCUUUGGACAAAUGCGAGGAUAUACUAAGCAAGCAACGCUAUAUAUGUGGCAACAAGCUUACUGAAGCAGACAUUCGUUUGUUUGUCACACUCAUUCGAUUUGACGAGGUUUAUGUGGUUCAUUUUAAGUGUAACAAGAAGCUACUGCGGGAAUACCCGAAUAUCUUCAAUUAUACCAAAGACAUUUUCCAAGUUCCUGGCAUUAGUGGAACAGUGAACAUGGAACAUAUCAAGUUACAUUACUAUGGAAGUCAUCCUUCUAUCAAUCCAUUUGGAAUCAUUCCUGUCGGGCCAAAUAUCGAUUAUUCUGCUCCUCACGACAGAGAAAAGUUUUCUGCUUAGGUUGUUUGUUUGUCAAAUUUGUAAUAAGGGAUGUGAAACUUCAGUUUCUUUUAAGGGACUGUUUUGUUGAAAUGUUGCAGAAACUCUCAUCCUUUGAGGAAGGAAUAAAAUAGUGUGUGUAUACUUUAAUGUUAUAAUGUAUCUGUAAUUGGGCUUGCACUGAUACAA